AUGUUCUCUGGCUGCAGCGAUUGCUGUGCUCCCGGUGGGGAGGGCAGUCAGGACCAACAACAGCAACAGCAGCAGCAGCAGCAACAGCAUCAACUACGGCAACAAGGCCAGCUGAAUGUUCCCUCAAGCGCUCAUCUCCACGCCACCGCAGAGUCUGUGAGAUCCGUUACUCUUGAAGAACGAGCCGAAAGGGAAAGAGCAGUUGCUAUCUCUGAGCAAACCGAACGCCAAUGGGUCGCUAUCACUGCAUACCAACCAGUUGACACCGUCGUGAAGACUGUGGAGGUACCUGUCGUGAAGACCGUUGAAACUUACGUUCCAAAGGUAGUGGUAGAGGAGAAGAUUGUUGAGGUUCCUAAAUUCGUGCCAGAAUAUGUGGAAAAGAUCGUGGAAGUACCUGAGGUCAAGGUUGUCGACAAGAUAGUUGAGCUCCCCCGUGUGGAGUACCAGUACAAGUAUGUGCAAAAGAUCGAGACGCAGGAGAAUAUUAUUCAGAGGCCCAAGUAUGAGACAAAGUACGUCGAGAAGAUUGUCGAAGUCCCGCAGGUCAAGGAAGUUGUGCGUUAUCAGGAUGUCGAAGAAGUCGAAGAGGUUAUCAGGUAUGUCCCUAAAGGGCAGGUGGCUUCGGAGGAAUGGGAACGGCUGAAGGAAAAACAUGAACAGGAGGUGAAGAUGGAAAGGGAAGCCAGAGAGGCCCAAUACAAGGCUGAACAGGAGUACCAGCAAUUAAUUGCAGAGGAACAGGCUGCCUAUGAAGCAAAGCGUAUGGGCAUGCCUACUACCGGAGCUGUACCUAUGCCUCCAGCUCCCCGUCUAGAGCAAGUGUUCAAGCCCAAAGUCGUUAAGACUGUCGAAAUUCAAAAGCAUGUCCCAGUUUCUGUUGACGUGCCCGUACCCUACAUGGUCCCGAAGCCCAUCGUAGUCCCCGUCCAGGUUCCCGUUCUGAAGUUCAGAGACCACUUCGUUCCAGUUCCCGUGCGUCGCCGUGUUGUCCCUCGCAUCCGCUGGACAAACGAGGUUUAUGAGGUUGAGUGCAUCAAAGAGAAGCCUUAUCUGCAGGUCCAGGAUAUCAUCAAGCCUGUACCAUGCGAUGUUGAAAUCAAGGUCCACGAAUUCGUCGAGAAAGCACAGCCGAUUAACCCUGCAGAGCUCUCACAGGCGGACGUUCACGCAAUGUGGAUGAGAGUCAACGCCGACCUAGCAGAAAAGCGAAAGGAAGAGCUAGGCGACAAAUAUCCGUAUGUCCAACACCCAGAAGGAACUGUUUUCGGCGAGCCUGGCAUCAAGAGGACCGAAGAAAAUGCUGAACUGAGCGACCCCGAAGCCCGCGAAGGCGUUGAGCCUCUGGCACUGCACCCUGGCCACCCACUGAACAUGACGUACCUCCAGAAUGAGUGGAUCAAGAAAGAAACGACAGCAACUCAUGAAAUGUAUACUCCUGAAUGGUUCGAGGCCCACCAGAAAGCGAUGCACAACCUGACGAUGCAGUAUCCAACUCAAGUUCAGCUUUCAGCUGAACAGGCUGCCCGUAUGCAGCAGGAAACUCAGACCUUUGGAGAGGCGCCAUGGGUUGAGGUCGAUGAACACGGACUGCCAAAGGCCAGCAGAGCUCAACAAGGGGAACAAUCAGCAGCGUGCUGCAAGGUUUGCUCUGCCACAUGCGGGGGAAGCAGCAGCUCAUGCUGCACUUGCAACGGAAGCAGCAACUAA